ACAGAAUGCGAUGCAGCGCCUACUCUCCAAGCAAGUAGCCAAAUUGACAUCCACUCGAUUAUAUCGAAUAUUCUCGGCUCUGAGUAUCACCAUUGCUAUUCUUGUGGUGCAAAACCCACUUCUGGAUUCCCGAGACUUGCAUCAAUGGACAUUCAAUCAACAGCAAAACGUUGCGGCAAUCCCGCUUGUAAACGAGAACUCGACGGUACUUAUCACAGGCGUUGCAGGAUUUAUUGGAUUCUCCGUGGCAAAGUUCCUUGCUGAGCACACCAAAGCAAAGGUUGUGGGGAUGGAUAACUUCAAUGAUUACUAUGAUGUCGCACUUAAAUACAAGAGAGCAGACUUGCUGAGUCACUGGAACACGGUCCAGGUCUUAGAUGGCGACGUUUGUGACGCUCCCUUCUUGCGGAGUAUUCUUGAAGGUCACCAUGUGACUCAUGUACUUCAUCUAGCUGCGCAAGCAGGGGUACGGUAUUCAUUAGAGCAGCCCUUGAACUAUGUCAGAAACAACAUUCAAUGUUUUGUAACGCUCCUAGAAGAACUUCGUCGAUUAAAAAGAAGCUCGAACGAUAGUGUGGUUCCUCGCUUUGUCUACGCGUCCUCUUCAAGUGUCUAUGGCGGGAAUGUGGAAAUACCUUUCAAAGAGACAGAUCAGGUGGACAACCCCUCUAGUGUUUACGGCUUCUCCAAGCGAGCGAAUGAGCUCUUAGCUCUUGUGUAUUUCAAGGUCUUCGGCAUUCCAUCUGUUGGGCUCAGAUUCUUCACUGUGUAUGGACCUUGGGGGAGACCUGAUAUGGCACCCUACAAGUUUACUGCUAGCAUUUCCAAAGGAGAGAAUAUUACAGUUUACAACCAAGGAGACAUGGCUCGAGAUUUUACGUACAUUGACGACAUAGUUUCAGGAAUAUAUGCCUCCUUAAGGUACCCUCCGAGUUCUUCAGAAAUUUUCAACUUGGGGAAAAGUAAGCCAGAGCAGGUUCUGGAUCUGGUAAAAACCAUUGAGAAGGAGGUUGGUCAGACGGCACGGCUAAGCUUUGAAGAUUCCGCAGUUGAUUUACAUGCGACCUAUGCUUCAACGAGCAAGGCGAAAGAGCUCCUCUCUUAUGCUCCUCAAGUAAGCAUGGAUGAAGGGAUCAAAAGAUUUGUCGAAUGGUACUUUCUGUAUACAGGUGAACGUGCAUUGUGCGCUAGCGAGUGCUCGGAGAAGAGCCGUUGCAUAUCAUCGCCAUUCGAUGAUAUGGUGUCUGAAUCCGUGGAAGCGACACACGGUUGCGAAACUGUAAUUUACACUGCAUUCUUUGGGGCGACUAAAUCAGAUCUACAGGACCCUCCUGUAGAGCUUGCCUGCAAUGACGAGCGAUGCUGCGCAAUUGCCUUCACCAAUAUUGAGAUCCCGAUGUCAGCGUCCCGCGAUAAAUGGAAGACAAUUAUGUGGAGCGGAGACAAUUUCCAUUACUGGGAUAAUCGGCGGCUAUCACGACUUGUGAAACUAACCCCCGCUCUCUUUUUUUCAUCAUCUGUAAAGCAUGCCCUAUAUAUUGAUGCGAAGCUGACACUGCAAGCAGAUUAUCAUUAUCUUGUUGGGAUGCUGAGUGACAACGAAAAUCGUUCUGCAAGCCUGAUGGCAGUAAGGCACCCAGCUAGAAACGGCCCUUUUGAGGAAAAAGAAGCCAUUAUAGGUCAUAAGAAAAGUCGACCGACCGUCACUUACACGCUGCGAACUUUAGAUCAUCAGGUGAAUGGCUAUCUUGAUCUUCAAAACACUCAAAAUAUCUCAAUGGUAAACAUGAUUGACGGAGCAUUGUUAGUUCAUAAUUUAGAAAACGAAUUAGGUCGCAAAUUUCGCUGUGCAUGGUCGAAAGAAUAUUACCAAGGCUGUGAUAGAGAUCAGAUCUCAUUCUCGGCGGCUCUUGCGAAAGAAGCUCGUGAUGCUGGAUCGAAUCUUGAUCCCGAUCAGGAGUGGUGCAAGGUGAGUAGCAACCCAGACUUGUACGUACGAAUUUUACCUAGGAAAUUGCACUGGUUUCAAGGAUCCUUGGCUGUCGCGAGUGAGAAGGACGCAUAUGAUAGGAGGCUUGCGUAAGCGUAAGAAAACGCGAUUUCGUUUGUUUUGUACACUUUACGAUCCUUCAAAUAUGCAAAAGUCAACUAGCACCAAAGCUCUUUGGAAAUUAUGAAGUGCGAUGGCGUUCUUUUGGGGAUGGCUGCAGUAUAGCGCAAGGAGUUGUUACGAUACAGUUGUGAGGGAUUGUAAAAGCAAAUAGAGUGAGGGAAAGCGCGAAGGCAAUCCUCUGGAAUGAGCUGUAACGAUACAGCUUGGAAGGAUGUUAAAAACUUAGAAGAAAUGGAAGAACCGAAAGGUUUUAUCCCCAAGCCGUGUUCGUACUAGAUAUCUAGUUCUUAUGGGUAUAUGCCGCUCCAACACUGAAAAGACAUCAUGCGUCGCUCUGUGAACGGUCUCAAAAACAAAGAAUGAAAUUGAUUGAUCUCCUUUCGCUUCCUUUUCCUUUUCUUCGUCAUUGCUGUAGUUUUUCCCGCUCACGAUGGAGCAGGGAGAAGACGAAGUCAGGGAUAAAGAAUGACCAGAAAACAAGGAGGGGACGUUGCAUCAAUCAUUUCGUUCACGUGAAACUUUUGAGAAAUCCGUCAGGGAAAGAAUGUCCUGUGAUGAAUUUCUAGCGUUAUCCUGGUGGUAGGGAGGGAAAGGGUGGGGUCUUAAAAGCCGACACUGAGGGCCUU